CAUGGAUAUGGAUGAUGUACCAAAAACUCACCAUCCAGAAGAUUUCGCCCAAUUGAUAGAACUUUUAAAGUUUUUAUCAGAUCCUAUUAUUUAUCCUCCUGAUGGAAAGAUGCAGGAUAAUAUUUCAUUUGAAGUCUUUGUUAAUAUUUGCGACCAUUUACCACCUCAAGAUUUAUUUAUGUUAGCAUGUGUAUGCAAAAAUUUUGCCAACAUGCUUAAUGCGGAUUUAUUUCCCAUUUCUUCUGAUAUUUGGAAAUCAUCUCGUGAACGUUUUACUGUUUUCAGAGAUAUGAUUCCACCUAAAGGAAUGUCUCAAAAAAGAUUCGCUCAAUUACUUAAUUUUGAAAAAGGUUGUGAGGUCUGUAAAAGUAAAGAAAAGAAUGUUCAAAUAUAUUGGCCUGCAUUCGUAAGAUCUUGUAAGGACUGUAUCCUUGAAAGGGCGAAAAGUGCUUUUGAAUUAGAGCAAGUGCAUAAGAUUGAUAUGAGUAUUAUCAAUAAUAUUCCACCUCUUGUGCCUUGCCCAGAUGAUCGUGGUAGAACACAAUAUUAUUGGUUGCAACAUGUAAUCUCCGCGCAAAAAAGGUUACAAACUAAUUCGGAUGAACCAGAUCUAGAACUUGGAAGUAACGAAGAUAAUAUCGAACUUCAUCUUGCCGUGACACGACGUUGGAAUGAAAAAGUUAUACUUCAACAAAACAAAGUUCAAGCAAUUGUUAAAGAAUUAUACGAGAAAAAAACCUUAAAUACUUCGGAAAUGUUUAUGAAUAAUCCUGUGAUUAAAAAUCUUAUGAGUAAGAUUUUGAUCAAUCCAUUUAUUGAACAAGAUUUUCAAUCAUUCAUUGAGGAACUUAAAAGUGUUGUGAAAAGUGGACAUUCGAUUACGGAUACUACAUCCUCCAAAGAUGUCAAAUCUUUAAAGGCACAAAAGAAAGAAUUGUUGAGGAAGUAUGCUGAAUAUGAAUUUCCAAAAAAAGAAAAAAAAGAAAGGGAAGCUUCAAUGCCUUUUUCAAAAUAUUCAUUUGACUAUGGAACACCACCAAUAAGACCAAUGCCACCAAUCAUUCCGAAUGGACAUUAUAUGGACACAUCAGGUUCUCAAAUGAAUUCAAUUAGGCAACCAAUGCAAAGUCCCCAAAUUAAUCCGAUUAAUGCACCGCCAAUGCCAAGUUUUCAAAUGAAUCCAAUUAAUACACCAAUAACAAAUGCUCAAAUGAAUCCAAUUAAUCUUCACGUGCCACAUAUGUCACCGCAAAGUCGAACACAUAGUCAAUUGGUUCAACGAAGGCAAGAUAUCAUAAAACUUCUUAAAAAUAUCGUGUUUACUGGAACACCAAAAACAAAGAACAAUUUUGUUCCUUUUACUGUCAACAUCAACGACCCAAUUUUUCGGUUUCUUGAUCGUUGUGAAACUUUCAUAGAUCCACCAUUUUUCCAACCUAAUGAUAAUACAAAGUAUGAUAUUAUCUUAAAAAUCAAACAAGAAGCUGGUAUGCUAAAUGAAGUACAUAGAGGGUUAGAACCUCGGCAUAUUCUUGAUGUUCGGGGUGCUUUAGAACGACAACUCGGUAAUCACCCAAUGUUCAAGUGUAGUAUGUGCCCAUAUAAUGUUGAAGAAGGAGAAAAGAUACAAAUUUACAGGAAAGUGGUAACACAUAUUCUUAAACAACAUGGUUUGAAAGAUAGACAAAGAUUGUCGAGUUAUAUAGAAGUAGAUCCUAAAUCGGUAGUCCACUACAUUCAUUUCGCUUUUAUACCUGAAAUUCGUCCAAAGGUCAAUUUUAAGUGA